CUCCAACUGUUAUGAAACACAGACGCGCAGCAGAAGCUCAAUCCGGUUCAGAGCUCACACACCCGGACCGGACCCGGACCCGGACCCACCAGCGGAUCCAGCGCCUCCCCGGCCCCGAAGACAUGCGCGUGUCCGUGGGUCCGACAUAGAGGACACCGGGGUCCGCUCCAGAAUAAAAUGGCUCCAAAUUCCAUCCACUGGUUCCGGAAGGGCCUCCGUCUCCAUGACAACCCAGCCCUGCGGGAGGCGGUCCGGGGGGCGGGCACAGUGCGCUGUGUUUACUUCCUGGACCCGUGGUUCGCAGGAUCCUCCAACGUCGGGGUCAACAGGUGGAGGUUCCUCCUCCAGUGUCUGGAAGACCUGGACGCCAACCUGCGCAAGCUCAACUCUCGGCUCUUCGUCAUCAGAGGUCAACCGGCCAACGUGUUCCCUCGGCUCUUUAAGGAAUGGAAGAUCUCUCGGCUGACCUUCGAGUACGACUCGGAGCCUUUCGGGAAGGAGAGGGAUGCCGCCAUCAAGAAACUGGCCAUGGAGGCCGGAGUGGAGGUCAUCGUCAAGAUAUCGCACACCCUCUACGAUCUGGACAAGAUCAUCGAGCUGAACGGCGGUCAGCCUCCUCUCACCUAUAAGCGGUUCCAGACCCUCAUCAGUCGUCUGGAUCCUCCAGAGUUGCCCGUGGAGACGCUGUCCGACGCCCUGAUGGGACGCUGCGUCACCCCCGUCUCCGAGGACCACGGGGACAAGUACGGGGUUCCGUCUCUGGAGGAACUGGGUUUCGACACUGAGGGUCUGCCGUCAGCCGUGUGGCCCGGUGGAGAGACGGAGGCUCUGACCAGGAUAGAGCGCCAUCUGGAGAGGAAGGCGUGGGUGGCCAACUUCGAGCGUCCCAGGAUGAACGCCAACUCCCUGCUGGCCAGUCCGACCGGCCUGAGUCCGUACCUGCGCUUCGGAUGCCUCUCCUGCCGCCUCUUCUACUUCAAACUCACCGACCUCUACCGCAAGGUAAAGAAGAACAGUUCUCCUCCGCUGUCGCUCUACGGUCAGUUACUUUGGCGGGAGUUCUUCUACACCGCUGCCACCAACAACCCCCGCUUCGAUAAGAUGGAGGGGAACCCCAUCUGCGUCCGGAUCCCCUGGGACAAAAACCCCGAAGCUCUGGCCAAGUGGGCCGAGGCCAAGACCGGAUUCCCCUGGAUCGACGCCAUUAUGACCCAGCUGAGGCAGGAGGGCUGGAUCCACCACCUGGCCCGGCACGCCGUGGCCUGUUUCCUGACCAGAGGAGACCUGUGGAUCAGCUGGGAGGAGGGCAUGAAGGUGUUCGAGGAGCUGCUCCUGGAUGCAGACUGGUCUGUGAAUGCAGGCAGCUGGAUGUGGCUGUCCUGCAGCUCCUUCUUCCAGCAGUUCUUCCACUGCUACUGCCCCGUGGGCUUCGGCCGACGCACCGACCCCAACGGGGACUUCAUCAGACGAUAUUUACCUAUCCUCCGAGGUUUCCCCGCUAAGUUCAUCUACGACCCCUGGAACGCUCCUGAGUCCGUGCAGGCCGCCGCCAAGUGCAUCAUCGGCGUCCACUACCCGAAGCCCAUGGUCCACCACGCCGAGGCCAGCCGGCUCAACAUCGAGAGGAUGAAGCAGAUCUACCAGCAGCUGAGCCGAUACCGAGGACUGGGUCUGUUGGCGUCGGUACCGUCAACCAACGGCAAUGGCAACGGAGGAAUGAUGGCGUAUUCCCCUGGAGAGCAGCAACCGGGAACCAACAGCAACUCGCACUUGCCUGCAGUGUCAGGUGGCUCCGUUGCUACAGGCAACGGCAGCGGGAGCAUCCUCCUAAACUUCGACAGCGAAGAACAGACUGGGCCGAACGGCAUCAGGCAACAGCAACAACGACUGGUGCAGCUGCCUCAACAGCAACAGCAACAGCAUGGAUACCACUCAGUGCCAGACACCAGCCAGACCAUCAGCAGCAGCAGACUGUACCAUGAGUUCGCUGUGCCUCAACACCCAGGACUCCUCCUCCACAGCAGAGGCAGCGUCACCGGGAAACGGGAACGCGAGUCAGAACGCGAAGGAUUGGGAGAUGAAGAACCGACAUCCUGCACAGUCCACAAGAUGCAGCGGCAGAGUACGGAGACGACCUAAACGCCGCCGCCGCCGCUCAGCGAGCAGAGGAAACCCUGACGUCUCCACCCGUCCUCCCACCACGCAUCAGCAGACCACCCCUCCACACUCCCACCCAACCCAGUUCUGUUCGGUUUGGUUCUGUUCUG